AUGGACCGCAAGCAGUGUGUGGAGCUUGUGCGGUCUUGUAAGACUCUGUGCGAGGCAAAAAAAAUCCAUGCCCGGGUUACACUAGUGACGGGCUGUGACGUUUUCGUCGCCAACAAGUUAGUUGAGAUGUACGGCCGGUGCGGGAGCGCAAGCGAUGCUAGGCGGGUGUUUGACGGGCUGCCGUACAAAGAUUCCUUCUCUUGGAAUCUCAUGCUGACAGCAUAUGCUAGGAACGGGCAUCUGCGGGAGGCAAAGCGGCUGUUUGACGUGAUGGUUGAGAGGGACAAGAUCUCUUGGACGGUGAUGUUGGUUUUGUUCUCCGAGAAGGGCUUGCUGAUCGAUGCGGCUGAUUUGUUUUACAGAAUGCCAGAAUGGGAUAUUGUAGCGUGGAACUCGAUGCUUUUAGCGCAUGCCCAUUACGGGCAUCUAGAGGAUGUUCUUCAAAUCCUUUACGAAAUGCCUGAAUGGGGCGCGGUCUCCGUUAAUGCGCUUCUUGUAGCUUACAAAAGCCACGGCUGUCUCGAUAAGUGCUUUGAGAUGUUCGAUGCUCUGCCAGAAAGAGAUUUGAAACUCUGGAGUGCGAUGCACUCGGCAAUUGCCACGCUUGGGCAUCCGGAACAAGUCUGGAACUUCUUUCAUAAGAUGCCCGAGUGGGACUUGGUAUCUUCAACGACGAUGCUGGCUUCUCUUUCUCAAACUGAUAAGCUCCACAAAGCAAAUAGAAUCUUCCAAAUGAUGCCCCAGAAGAACAUAAUUUCAUGGACAGCAAUCAUAAACGCCCACAUCCGCAGUGGAGAUUUGCACCAGGCAGCCACCUUGUAUGAGUCAAUGCCCGAGUGGGAUUUGGAAUCCUCCACAGCCAUGAUCACGGCAUAUGCUGAAUACGGAGCCGUAGCACGGGCCAAAUCCGUGUACGACAGCAUGAAAGAAAGGAGCAUGGCCUCGUGUACAGCCUUGUUAUCUGCGUACAGUCAUGCCGGGGAUUUGGAAAAUGCCGUGAGAGCGAUGGAUUGGAUGCCGGAGCACGACCAAACAUCGUCGCUAACAAUGGUUCUGGCAUUUGCCCGGUAUGGGCAUCUGGGCGAUGCGCAAACGCUGUACGAACAGAUUCCGGAACGGAAUGUGGCGGCAUCGACGGCCAUGGUCGCUGCCUUUGUCUACGCUGGACACGUGGACGGUGCCAGACAGACCUUUGACAGAAUGCCUGAGGCGGACCUGGUCGCGAGUGGACGACUCGGAGAAGCGAGAGAUCUAAUGGAAACAAUGCCAUUUGUGCCAGAUGCGCUCGAAAUGAGGUGUUUCUUGGGAGCUUGCAAGGCGAGGUGGAAAGAAUUUGUAAAGCAUGGCGCAAAGGAGGCUAUAGAAUUCGAUCAUAGGGACCCCGCAGCGUAUGUAAUAGUAGCAAACGCUCUCACGAAUUAA